AGUGUAUUAGGUAUAGCGUUGUAUAAACCACGGUUCAGAGAUAUGUGCUAAGAUUAAUAAGUUAGCGGUGCUUUCUGUAGAAAUGUGUGCAGGAAAGUACUUAAGUUAAAUUUCACUGUCCUGGUUAUUUAAUUAAAUUUAUUCUUUAAAGUGGAGAAUUUUUCAUCCAAUAUCUACAGUGUUGUCAUAGAUUUUUAUAUUGAUUUAUCAAUGAUUGGAAUAGACACUAUUGCAUGGCCUACAUUACAGAAAUGCUGACAUCUGUUUUCAUUCUAAAUAGCCAUCUAUAAUUUUUUAUAUUAGAAAAAAAUCUUCAAAACUGCCAUGAAAAGAAUUUUCCAUUGUAAUGAAUGAAGAAGAGCUAGCUGAUAAGGUGUAUGAGGAGAGAGAGCGUAUAGUUGAUUUGUACAAAAAAGGACCUAGUGAUGGGACAAUUGUAGACCCUGCUGAUGAUCCUGCAAUUAAUGAUUACCAUAAACUUGAUAGAUUUGGGUUUAUAUGUGAUGAAUCUAAGCUUAAAAAAGAAGAUCCUCAAGAUAUUAAAAUUGAACGAACAAGGGAACAAAAAUGGUUAAAAAUGAUAAGCAAUUGGGAGAGUAUAUCCCCUGAAAAACUUAAACGUCGAGUUUACAAAGGUAUUCCAAAUGCAUUGCGUGGAAAAGUCUGGGCUAAACUAUUAUGUGUUGAUCAACUCUCAAAUGAUCAAAAGAAUAAGUAUAAACAAUUAUGUAAAUUGGCAUGGGAUCACUCUCCAGAUAUUCGACAAAUUGAUUUAGAUGUAAAUCGAACAUAUCGAGAACAUAUUAAUUUCCGUAAAAGGUAUGACUCGAAGCAACAAGAAUUGUUUAAUAUACUUGCAGCAUAUAGCAUUUAUAACUUGGAUAUUGGUUAUACUCAAGGAAUGUCUCAAAUAGCAGCUCUACUGCUGAUGUAUCUUAGUGAAGAUGAAGCUUUCUGGGCAUUGUCCCAUCUUAUAUCUGAUAAAAAAUAUAAUAUGCAUGGUUUUUUCAUUCCUGGUUUUCCUAAAUUAAUAAGAUUUCAAGAACAUCAUGACAAAAUAAUGAAUAAAUUAUUGCCUAAAUUAAAAAGACAUUUAGAUAGAAAUGGUGUAGAAACUGGUUUGUACACUCUGAAAUGGUUCUUCCAAUGUUUUUUAGAUAGAAUACCAUUUAAAUUAACAUUAAGAAUUUGGGACAUUUUUUUGUUGGAAGGUGAUAAAAUACUAUCAGCUACAGCUUUUUGUUUGCUAAAAUUACAUCGAAAUCAAUUAUAUGCUUUAGGAAUGGAUGAUAUUCUUCAUUUCUUACAAGUGAAAUUGGAACAAAACUAUCAGUUUUCAGCAGAUUACACUAUAGAAAAACUUCAAGAAUGUUUAGUUGAGCUUAAAAAAAACAAGCUUGAUAGUGCAGGUCAGCCAUCUCAAAAUGAACAAUUAAAACGAGAAUUAGGUGUAUUCAAUCCUAAUGACAUUCCCGUUAAAAGAUCUCAAACAAAUGGUAUUAAAAAUAUCAAGCAAGCUCAAAAUUCAGAUCAAGUUUUUAGCUCACCUGAACAGGAUUCAAAAUAUCAAGGUUCUAUUAAUAUUGAAAAAAUCAGUAUGGAUGAUGAAAGUUCUAUUAUUGGUGAUGAGUCAAGACGUUCAUUACUAGAUACUAGUGUUACAUCAGCAGCUACAACAACAGUUUCUCCACAAAAUGAUGAUGCUAUCUCAAAUGUUACAUGCAUGAGCCCACAACAUGAUGUUCUUCGAAUUUAUGUACCAUAUGAAACCCCCCAAAAAAAGUUGCCAACCUCACCUAUUGCUAAUAAACUAACUAUCCAAGUUGUUGAUGAAUCAUCAACUCAUAAUUUAGAAAAAGAUGGUAUCUUUAAGGCAGUUUCCACUGUCAAUUAGUUUUUAAUUAUAAUUAGUAGUAUAUAAAUGGCUGUGAUUGAGUAUUGAUGUGUUUAUUGUAUUUUAAAUUAAAAAUCUUUCAUAUAGUAUUAGCCAUUUUAUGAAUUUUUUUGUAUUCAUCUUACUGUAAUGUAUUAUAUUCCAUUCCUAUAAUUUUUAACAUUUAUUAGUGCAUUGAUGGUAGUGUUGUAUCGUUGACUAUCUACUGUUAUAACAUACAUAUACAUGUUAU